UAAUUUUAGCAUUUUACGAUAAAAUCGUCGCGGAUUUCGCCAAAUAUCAUCAGUUUUGCCCACUACAAUACGCUAUUUAUAUUUAAAACUAUUGUCACACCGAAUUAUUCAUGUAUUAUCAAGAAAUAUGUUGAGAAAUGUCAGCGUCUCCGGCCUCGGUAGAACUGCCAGCCUGCUGUACCUACAUACCACUACGGCAUAGAACGAGCAUUUUCUCAUGGCCAAAAAUUUUCGCACAGAUAAGAUCCGAACGUGAAUAAAAAACGUCGAUUAUAAAUCCCCCGUUGAUAACCUACGCGUGUCAACUCACGAAAACAUAAAAUAUCGUCGGUUUAUAUGCGAAACUUUCACCGAUCCGUCCCAUCGGUGCUGAGCAUCAAGUGAAAUAUUUCGCAUUUUUGAUACACGCGUUUGACAACUGUUCGCCAAAUACUUGCAUUUACGAUACAAUCGGUGUUUCAAUUAUCUCAACCGCAGGCCGUAUCGACCGGUUGUGAUUCCGUCGAAUCAAUAAAGAUCUCAAUAAAUCGCACCAUGUUCCAAUUCGCAAGUGCAUUUUCGGUCGUGGACUUGUUUGUUUGCGUACCGUAUCAUCUGUCAUGGCGUUCAUAUGGCGGGCCAGCUCCGCCGAUGUGGUGCAUAUUUCUUUUUUGCCUCGGACGUCAAUUAUCUGUUAUAUUUGACAGCGCGGUUAUUCGCUCCUCGGUCAUUGUGAUUUCGUCGUAUUUGUUCCUCGCAAAUGCGCGAAACGUAUCGUCACACGUAUACCGUGGAGAAUAAAAACAGAGAGGCAUGUUUAGUUUUCACAAGCCAAAGGUGUAUCGGUCGAGCACAGGCUGCUGCAUCUGCAAAGCCAAAUCGAGCAGUUCAAGGUUCACCGACAGUAAGAAGUACGAGGAUGACUUUAUGGAAUGUUUCCAACUGCUAGAACGUCGUACCGGAGAGAUAUGCAACGCUUGCGUACUCCUUGUAAAACGUUGGAAAAAACUGCCAGCGGGAAGUGAUCGCAAUUGGAGUCACGUCGUGGACGCCCGCGCUGGACCCGGAAUAAAGUCUCUGACGAAAUUCAAGUCAAAGAAUAAAAAAAAGCUGAAGGAGACCCAAGACAAGCAUGAGAAGAUCAUAAAGAAGAAGCACGUCUAUCUGAAACCCGAUCGAGACAGGGAACAGAGUCCUGCGAUGAGCGACGAGUACACCGAAGAUUUUCUACCCGGUGCUACGGGAGGAGGAGGAGGUAGCAAGAAUUCGAGCAGAGCGGGCAGCCCCGCUGGAAGCGACGACGGUUCAGCAGGAGUGAAACGACUGGCGGACGACCAAGGUGAAUCUGGAAUAAAGAGACGGCUGCCCCAACUACCUGUCAGCGGUUUCAUUGACAUGACUUACUUCAAAAGGGAAACAAUUUGCUGCGGAACGAUAUUCAAAGGUGAAUACGGUGAGGUGAUAAUCGACCCUUCGUUGAUAAAACCUUGCAUAGGUUGUCUGGCCAGGCAGCGACAGAGGCAAGCGAACGCAGUGAGCAGCAGUCCGUCCCACAGUUCAGCGUCAGCUAGUCCGGCGCACAGUUCGGCGUCAGCGAGUCCGGCUCACAGCGUAGACUCCACCGUGGAAGCGACGGCGACGAAACCAGUCAGCAAAUCCUUCAGCGAUUCCUCCUCGGAUUCGGGAUACGACGAGUCCUCGAAUCAGGGAGUCGGUGAGAGCAAACUUGCCAAAAUUAUACAAAAUUCAAUCCCAGUAGCCAAGCAAGAGAUCAAGGCGAUACCGAUAAAAAGCGUCCAGCUCAAGGCGAUCCCGGUCUCCGAGGCUAUCAGGUUGAACUCGGAUCUGCCCAUAAAACUGGUCCCCCUGAAACAGGUAGAGCAAAUUUUAUACAAACCGAUAUCUCUGGCGUCUCCCGCCAUCGUUACCGCGAGCAAUACCAGCUCCCACCAAUCGCUAAACGUCCCAGGAAAUCCCCUCAUCGAUUUCGCUAUACACGCAUCCGCCAGACAGUCUAUCGCUAAUUAAUGUCAAUCUUUUGUAGAGUUUUAAUUUAUUUCUUUCUCAUGUAGUUAGGUGGUAUACGUUGUAUCAAUGACUGUCAUAUGAUCGCCGAUUACGAAUAUAAUGACACGCUCGGACAGCAAAGGCUGUGGAUGAGUAAGUCUCGUCUCUGAUUGCGCCGCGAUCAAAGGCGAGUUUCAGAUAUUUGUCAAAUUAUAAAUCUUAGCUAGAUUAUAUCGAGCGUUUGUAAUUUUUUACAUACUAAAAGUACGUAGUAACAUAACUGUUCAACUAUUGCCUAAAAAAAAUUAAAAAAAAAAAACUCCGACUUUUUCGUGAGUUUCGUGCACGAAAUAUUAUCGGAUCGUCGAUUAUCCUAAGGCAUCUGAGCGUCGUCGCGAUGCGUUUUUUAACUAGACAAAAUUAUUCGGGAAAAUUUCAAAGAAAAUAACAAGAAAAAUGGAAAAAAAAAAGAAAAGAAAAUACCAUAAGUCCAAGACUAAUCGUAGUUAAAUAGAUGAAAAAACCGUGAUGAUAUUGUUAAUUUUCAUGGAGUAUAAAAUUGUUACCGAAAAAAAGAAAACAAAUUAAAAAAAAUAAAUAAAUAAUAAAAAGAAAAAGGUUCUCGAAGUAAGGAUUGUCCUGUUCGGAACAGUUUGGCAAAGAAGAGAGAGAAAAAGAAAAUAAUUUUAGUUCCAAAGUUCGUUGACUAUUAUUAUUAUUAUUUUUUCGUCUUUUAAUAUUAACUACGAUUAUCGAUAAUAUAUAUACCUCUAUCUACUCACGGUAGUAAAAUGAUGUAUCAUCCACAGCUCGAGUUUUCUGAGACAAUCUAUCGUUGCAAUUUUGCAUGUGAAUAUUGUAUAGGUAUUCCGAGAUGCCAAUCAACUACUUUGAUAUUUGGGUCCAAGAAAUAUAGUGAACUCAAUUAUUUGAAGAGAUCGUAAUUUAUACGUUUUACCAGAUGCAUUUUGAGGUGAAUGGCGUCAAGCUCCAUGACACUAAAAUUAGGUGACUAAACUUAAUGAUCAAUGUGUUCGGGUAUUCGAGCUAUUAUCCGAUUAUAUAGCAAUAAUAAAAGGUAAUUUAAUUGUAGUUAAAUACUGAAGUCUGUCGAAUGUCGAAUAGUAGUAUCGUAUAUAUCCGUUACGAUGAUAACACGGUAUGUGUGUAUUCAUACGCAUUAUAUACCGCAGUAUUAGUACAGUGGAAAAGCGAUGCGUAGAGAGAGUAAGGAAAAUAGAUCAGUUUUGAAUAUAUUCUCCCGAGGUAACGUCGAAUCGAGUGUUAAGUUUAGAUGUACGUGCCGAGAUGUACAACUUGCGGAUAAAGAAUAGUUGAGAAGCGUUGGUUCCUAGUUUUGGAAGAUGAGUGAGUUCGUAAUCAGACGAAUGCAGACAAAGCACAAAAAAGCAUCGCCCGAAUAUCGCGCGUUGCCAAAAAUCCGACUACCUUCUACGUUUUGGGGUGAUUGCAAAGAUAUUAAUUGCUCAAUAGGGAUAACCCAGGCUUCGUACUUAACCGGUUUACGCCAUCGGAAUGAUGAAGUUAUUUUCCGAUUUCGAAAAUACCUUCAUUAAUUUCCUCCCCCUGUUCAACCGAGCGUAAAAAUAUUUCAAACGAAUCUCCAUCGCGGUACAAGCUGAGGAAAAUUAAUCGAUUUAAGUUUUCUCGCAAACACCUUCAACUUAAUGCACAAACUACUCUAAACCUGAUUAUUUUAAUUUCUUUUUUUCAUUUUUCAUUCUAUCUUCUCGGAUCAAAGAUAUUAUUUUCUCCCCUUAACAAUUAAGAUGAUUAAGAUUUUUCCAUUUAAUAACUUUGUAAUCGAAUCUCCGCGUUCUUCCACAGUUGCGUAUCGUUAGUUUAAAAACAAAAAUAUAUAUCACGUCUAUACUUACUGCUCAUCUUACCCAGGCUCAUUGACAAUCGUAAAGAGGCGAAGGAACGUACGUAUGAUAAGUUUCUACGCUUGGAAUCAAACAUCGAAUCUUUGAUUUGUCGGGCGACAACAUGGCUAAUCUUGUUACCUGACAAAUUCUUUUAUAUUUUCUUUCAAUUUUAUAUUUCAAUUAAAAGGCUCAACGAUCUCUUUACGGUUAAUAUAAUUGUCCAAGUGUGUCGACACGAGAGAAUAUCAAAUUUCACAUCUUAUACAAGCAUGGUGAAUUGCUUUUUUUUUUUUUUUUUCUGUUCAUCCUAGAAAAUUCCAUGUUAUUCGAUCAUCGAUCCUUCGGAGAUCUAUUUAUUUUUCACAAAACCAAACAAAACGAUAGAAAAAAAAAAAUCAACCAUUUAUUUAUUUUCGUCAAUCUAUUUUUUAAAUUCCAAAUGACUUAAAUUUUUAAGACUUGUGCAAGGAUAAAUUUUGUAGCCUAACGGAUGGUUCGAUGCAAAAUAACCGAUCGCCAUGAAACGUCGUCGCGUUCGAUGUCAGGUAAAUAAAAAGUAUGAGAAAAGUCUAACGUUGCAAUUUAAUCGUGAGCACCGAUGAAAACUUGAGAUAAAGUCUCACAUAUUCCAAUUCAUAUUGCAAAUGAAAAAGACAAUACUUAUUUCAAAUAUUUUCUCAACUUAUGUACGACGUCUUAGGUAGCAGCGUGCACCUUGUGCAGAUACAUACCUAUAAUAAUUAUUUCAAUUAUUGAAAUAAAACGUCCUCGUUAGAUAUACGGCAAUUUUUAUAUAAUAUUAAAAAAAUAUCUGUUCUUUUUUUUCUCUCCUCUUUCAUUUUUGUAUCAUGUUCGCUCUUAAGUAAUAUACAUAAGCAUCAAUCAGCAGCAGCAUUUAAAGAAACGAGUAGAUACUAUUUAAAAGAAAGAAAGAAUGAAUAAAAUAAUAUUGUAUAUUAUUAAUUCCUAUUUUGGAUCUAACCCGUUUGAUUUAUAUAUAUGUAAAAGCAAAGUAAAUAACCAAAAAUUUUUCAAGACUCACUUGUCCAUAUGAGAUCGUGUCAGAACUCAGGAUAUAUUAUAAUGGGAAUAAAGUCAUUGAAAAGAAGAAUAGAAAAAAUCGGUCAUUUCUUCGAAAGAUGAAUGACGAAUUGUGUGACGUUACGUGAAAUCAAAUAUACAUACAUAUAAUACAAAUGGUGCAAUACUGGUUACGGAUCAAAGGCUUUGUUUUAAAUGUAAAAUUAUGUACUAUGAUCUCAGUAAUCGUAUGUAUGCGAUAGAAAAGAAGAAAAUAUUUAUAUCACUGUGCAAUUUAAUGUGUAGUAAUAUCGAGAAAAAAAAAAAAUCAACAACAACACAACACAACAACCGAAUACAAUUCUUGCAAUUUUCUGCAAAUAUUACACACAAACAUAUAUCUUCUCUCAUCUCUCAUUCUCGUAUCACUCGAGCUGUACAAAACUAAACUAAUGAGUGCCAAGUUGUAAUUUACGUAGUACACGAACUAAAUAUUUGUAAUAAAAUACAAAAAAGAAAAGAAACAAAAAAAAAAACAAACAAACAAAUAAUAAUCUCUUUGAUAUGAAUAUUUCUAAUACUCUAUGCCGAUACGAUGUCUUCGUACGUAACCGCAGAGCUUCUGGAAAGAUUUUUACUUACGGAUAAACUAAAUGGAGCUGUCGAAUUAUUUUCUAGAAUAUUAUUUGGUAAAUCACUAAUAAGUGACUGAUUAGUGAAUCUACCGAUCAUUACCGAUACCAUGAGAUAAUGUAAAACGGAAAAAGGAGCGAUGAUAUAAGAACUGGUUGUAUCCUUACUCCUCUACCAUUCUUAUCUUGAAUCAUAUUUCUAAUCCGAUUAGCGAAAUCAAAUUAUUCUUUCAUUUUAUCAAAAACCAUAACAUUAUUUCGAAAUUAAACAAAGACACAUUGACUAAUUUUUAGUGAUACAUAUAUUUUAGUAACGUCAUGAAGCUAACAAUAUUACAAAUGUAGUGAUUUUCCCAGGAGAUCAUUACAUGAACAAUAAUAAUAACAACAACAACAACAACAGCAGAUUAAAAAAACGGUUCGUUGUCAUCGUAGAAUUACUAUACAUAUUUAAAAUUUUAAUAAUGAUAGUAAAAAUAACAGUAAUGAUAAUGAUAAAAUAAUUGAAUAAAUAAUACAUUUGUGAGACUGAUCGAUGUAUUAAGUGAAUAAUAAUUUUUAUUAAAUAUACAAAGUAAUAGAUUAAAAAUGAUACAAAGAAUUUUUUGCCAUAUAAAUGAAAGAAAGAAGAAAGAAAAAAAAAAGUAAUAAUUUUGCAAGAAAAUAUAACAAAAAUACAACUGCCAUAACUAUUGUCAACUGAGCGUUGUUUGGUUCUAUCCUAUUAUAUGAUGCACUUGGAUUUUCGAAGAGUAAUUUUUAUUUGCAAAUCACCAACAGGUACGAAUCGGUUAACGUAGACGAAAAUAUUUAUUCGAUCGGGGCGAAAUGUUGGCGAAAAAAUUUUAACUCGAAGUUCAUGUCCGAUGAAUGAUAUCGUACGAUCAACCUGUUUCCAAAAACAAUCCAUCAGUCACACAAGACGAGAAAUUGUAUAUUUCAUGGUUUAUGGACGCUUACUUUUUGAAGCUAUAAUCUUCGACCUUUGAAUAUACAUAUCUCUUUUAUACUAUCAAAAUUCGUAUCAUUCGACAUAAGCCUUACAUGAGAAAGCUCGUUUUCUAACUAUACUUUAGCUGGUAGAUUAGUGGACUAGUAAUAUUUAUUAUUAUUAUCAUCGAUAUUACCCACGUAGCGGAUAGAGUUAAAUACAGAAUUUGAUACUAAAAAACAUAUUGAUAGAUUGUACCAACGCAUUUGAAAUUCCUCAUAGACAACGUCUUCGGAUAUUCAAUGUAACAAACAACAAAGAAACAAAGAAAACUUUUCAGCUAAAAAGACUGUACAAAUUUCCUGAUUUUUCUCAUUCAUAUAACAAUUACAUCCCAUACCGUACGAAUUGUUUUAUUCCAAUAUUUUUUCUAUUUCGUUUCUGAGGCAAAUAUUUCAAGCCUCUUCAUAAUCCUAAGCUCACGAGUCAGAAAAAAAAACUGUUGAGUCGAGGGAGAAAUGAAUUGCGUAGGGUCAUAAGGUGUAUAAGAAAACUUCUGAUGUUAGUGUCUGAAUUCUUUUCUAAUCGGGAUGAAUAAUUAUUUUCUCUUUUCAAACGAAUCACAUUUAUCCUCUCACUGCUUUAGAAUUUAUUUCUAAAAUUUAACGCUGGAAUUAUUCAACCGUGCAAUUGAUUGAUAUUCCCAAUCUAUUUGUGAAAACGUUGAUAGGUUUAAAAAGAGAAAGAAAGAUAAAGAAAAAGAAAAAGGAAUAGCAACGUACAAUUUGUUAAGGAAGUUUAAAACUAAACGUAGCAUAAUAUCAAAUUUUACGUAUAUAGUGUUUGUAAAUUAGCAAAAAGAGAUAA